GAUUCAAAUUGUACACAAACUGGUUUGUUUUGUUUGUUUCAGAAAUAUCGCCAGUUUUAGAAUUUAUGUGAAUUUAUUACGGGAGAAUUUUGAGUUUUAAUUUAAUAAUUUGAAUAAAUAAGACUGGAAAAGUGAUAUGGCGUCUGUUAGAAAUAAUCUGUACCAGUGUAGCUUUUGCUCCAAUAUAUGCAAUGAGCAAUUCCAUCACGUACUGAUCCCCUCUCACCAACAGCAGAAGCUAAAAGAUAUCAUGGAGAAGUUGAGCAGUCCCAUUUCUCAGUUGAGUAGUUAUCCAACAUGUGGAAAAUGCCGCCAAGACUUCAUUACCGUCAACGACAUUCCCGAGAGCUGUUUCCAAAUUUUGCCCAGUGCCAAACCGAUAGAUAACAUCAAGGUGGAUCCAGAGUUAAUGAUUGAGGACCACGAGCUGUCGGAUAAUGGAACCAUUUUUGAGGCAUUUCCAAUAGUGAAUGUUGGGCCAAUUGAACAGAAAGCCGAAAUACAAAUCAAGGGAGAAAACGGAGAGGUGUUCUUCAUUAACGGAAUGGUCGAAGAAAACGAUGAUGAAUCAAUAAAUCCGGUGGCUAGAACGAAUGCACAAAGAAAAAGUGAUGUGGAUGCUUCACACAAGGAGGUUCACUCACCUUCACUCAGUCAAAAACGCUGGAAACCGUUCAAGUGUGAUAUUUGUAAAAAAACAUUCACCUCAAAACACGGCGUCAGAUUGCACAUGAGAACUCAUACGGGUGAACGAUCAUUUCUGUGUCCACAUUGUCAGAAAACAUUUAGGGAAUCUUCAACGCUCAUGAAGCACAUUCGAACUCAUACGGGUGAACGUCCCCAUUCUUGUCCACAUUGUCCGAAAACAUUUAUACAACAUUCGACGCUCCAAGGCCACAUACGAAGUCAUACAGGUGAACGUCCCUACUUGUGUCCACAUUGUGAGAAAACAUUUAAGGUUUCUUCAAUGCUAUACCUGCAUAUGCGAAAAACUCAUCCGGGUUUGUUGGAAUCGAAGAAACAGAGAGAUGAUAAUUCGGAGGACUCGCAGGAGGAAGAUCACAUUCGAUUACAAACGGGAGAAAAGCGAUUGAAAUGCGAUAAGUGUGAAAAAACAUUUGGCUCACAAUCAGGACUCAAAGUGCACGUUCGAUCUCAUACGGGUGAACGUCCGUAUCCCUGUCCACAUUGUCCGAAGGCAUUUAAGGAUUCCUCGGCGCUCGUGUUGCACAUUCGGAAUCAUACGGGCGAAUGUCCUUAUCCGUGUCCACAUUGUCCGAAAGCGUUCAAGCGAAAUAUAGCGCUCAAAAACCACAUUCGAACUCAUACGGGUGAACGGCCAUAUUCCUGUCAACAUUGUCCGAAGAUGUUCACGCUUCGUCCAUCGCUCGCACAGCACAUGCGAGCAACUCAUCCGGGUUUGUUGGAAACGAAUAAACAGAGAGAGAGUAAUUUGGAUGAUUCACAGGAGGAAGAUGACAUACGGUUACAAACGGGAGAAAAACCAUUGGAAUGUGGAAAGUAUGAAAAAGUAGAGUGUUCCAUACCUAGAGGCACGGACGGGAGCUCGACAUAGGACUGUUAUUGGGAACAAUGAGCCGUUUGUUAGAUGAAAUGAAUAUCCUUUAUACGGAUUGUAGAAGUUGAAGUGAUCAGCUAGAUAAUCCCCUUGAUUCCGCGCGACGAA